AUGACAAAGACCAUGGUUGCAACUGCCACCACGGCGGCGUUCGAGGAUAACGGACAGAUGGAUGAAGCCGCACAGAAGGAGACGACCAAGAAGACUCCAGAGAAUAUUCCAGACAAGGGAGUUAAUGGCUCUGCCACAAACCUUAAGCCAAAGGGUUUAGUCGUCGCGCCAGGUCCAUUAAGACCACGAGCUCCUCAGCCAGGAGACAGGAAGGGGAAGCCAGAGAAGAAUUAG